AUGUCUUCCACCCUGAAAUAUCCGACCGUCAAUGAUUUGAAGGUUCGCACAUGUUACGUAUGUCGGGAGGAGGAGCGUCACACAGAGCGCCCCAAUCCUCCGAAGGCAUGGGUCCAUCCAUGCAACUGCACAUUGGUUGCGCACGAAGCAUGUCUGCUGCAAUGGAUUCGGACCGCGCAGUCGGAUUCCGCUAGGGCCAAGAACGCUCUGAAAUGUCCACAGUGUGGCACGCAAUACGAGCUGCAGAGCGAGAAAUCAAUAUUCCUCAGAGUGUUCACGUCAGUGAACGGGACUAUGCAGUUCAUGGGGCGGAUGUUCACUGUCUUUACGAUGGCCGGAAUCGUUGCAGUCUUUGGAACGGGGAUAUAUAUCGUGAGCACAGCGUACGGCGCAUAUGCCCUGAAGGAGUUCAUUGGCAACGAGAUGUUCAACCUCCUUUUGACUGAGGAGCCCGCUAAUUGGCCGUGGCACGCCUUCAUCAACCUCCCCCUCAUCCCACUGAGUCUCAUCCUAUCGCGCACUUCCAUCACGUCACACAUCUUGCCCGUAAUAUCCAUUCUCCUUACGUGGCCGACAUCAAGCCCCGUUCCUCAACAAGAGCGCUCCCUGCGUGAACACUGGACAGACCCAAGACACGCCCAGGAGUUACGCAUCUCACAUCUCCCAAGCGCGGCCACCUGGCCGCCCUCUCCUUUAUUGUUUGGUUUAUUCGUAGUUCCUGUCACGAAAAUGAUCUACAAGAGGUACUUUACGAUGCUCACGCAUUGGGUGUUAGGAUCUCGCCCCUUACCCGGCGACCGCCAAUUUGUCUGGCAGCGGAAUGAAGGAAACAUCUUGAAUAUCAGAAUCGUAGCAGGCAUCAGACGUGAGGGGGAUGCAAACGCCGACAACGAGGAAGCUGCGGACGAUGGCAAUGCCGAAGAAGAACCCCAAGAUGUUGCCGCUGCAGCUGAAAGGACCCUCAACCACACAACGUCAUCAUUGGGUCGUUUCAUUGGGGGUGCCUUGCUCAUCCCCGCCAUCUCUAGUUUCAUGGGAAACAUGCUCUUUAGACUGUCAAAGCGGUCGUAUCUCCUGAGACAGUUCCUCGCCAUAAAGCCGCCUCUUCGCGGCCACGUAGCCUCGCCUCCGCUAGGGCCGUAUUCUUAUAACCAAAAUUGGGCUGGAUUGGGUACGUUGAGACAAGCGAAGCUAGCUUUGAGGUUGGUCUUUGGCAGCGUAUGGGGUGGUACAAGGACUUGGGCGGACAGCGACCCGGUUUGGUGGAGAAAUGCAGUUGGCCUGGGGCUCUUCGUUGUGGCGAAAGACUGCAUUCAACUUUGUCAUCUAUGGAUGACGAAGCGAGAACUCGAAAGCCGGCAUGUCAAAGACCGUUCUUUCGAGGGAAUAGAUAUCAAAGAGCUGGACUUGAUUUAG